UUUCAUUAGUCAUAACAAACAUUUUAGAGAGAGAAGAGUGUGGAACGCCGAGGGCGAACUUGGACGAAGAAAAAAGCGAUUAUCUCUGGACGAUUGUGAAACGCCACUCUAGAAUCGCUGGAAAAAUUGCGAAUUUGGGGCGCUUCCGGUUACGUUACGACUAGUUUGGUUCCAGUUCCGGUGCGGGUGGUAGCGAAGGAAACAUGUUGAACGUUGUUGCGUCGAUUUCGCGAUACCUCUAACCGCGUUAGUUUGAACGAUAAGCGACAACACACCCAUGCAAUCAACCCACCGAAAUCAUCAAAAUUUACACUUGUCCCACGAAAAACUAACAGAAACAUUUACAUUUACUAACAAAUUGCACAUAAUUUGCGAAACGCAAAUUACACCACAACCACCACCAUUCUCCCUAUGCAAAUGGCUUGGCUCGGUAUUGGCGCUUUGGCUUCCGGUUUAGUUCUGCAACGACUGCUGGGCGGCGAUGCACCUCCCAACAAAGUGCAGGAAGUCAAGAACGAAAUGUACAUCAACCUGCAGGUGCUGCACCGAGAUGACGCGAUGCGGCUGUACGCACCCGGAAACGGAAGUGGCGGUGACAAGAAAUCGGUGUACGAGAUUGUGCUGGAGCGACCCCACUCCGAGACGAUCAACACCUCGUACAGUCUAUACCGGGCGGGAACGCAACCCGAAGCCGAGGAGAAAUUCGAAGCCUUCCAUCAGAGACUGCCGGAGCUGGUGAAGAUGAUUCGUGAGAUGUACAACAUCAACGGGCUGCAGAAGCUGUGCGACACGCUGAUCGAGCACCCGUCCUGGUCGUUGGCCCACGUGGUGGCCCACUUUAACCUGGUCGAUUACGUCUCCAACCCGAAGAUUGUGGAAUCGCUGGACGAUCCGGACCAUGCCGAGCUGCUGACGCCGUUGCAGGUCGCCAUCAAGGCCAACAAUCUGGAGAUGGUGAAGGCCCUCUCACCGAUCGCCAAAGCGGAACACCUGGACAACAACAGCAGCAGCGUGUUCCAUUACGCCGCCAGCACGACCAAAGAAAUGAUCAACCUCCUGACGGCGAAAAGCACCGCCAACCUGAACCACUGCAACACCGACGGCUACACGCCGCUGCAUCUGGCCUGUUUGGCCGACAAGCCGGACUGCGUGAAGGCCCUGCUGCUGGCCGGUGCGGACACCAACAAGAUGGCCAAGUGCGCCAGCAACGUGUACAACCGGGCGGCCACCUCGAAACCUUCCUCCGCAGGCAACGUCGCGGACUUUUUGGUGAGUAAUCCGAACAAGCUGUUUACGCAGGACAUGAAGCACGGCGGAACUCCGCUGCACUGGAGUUCGAGCCGUGAAGUGUUGAACUCGUUGAUUGAGCGCGGGUGCGACGUCAAUUUGGUCAACUUUAACGGUCAAACGCCGCUGCACAUGAUGGUGGCCCGGGACCGGCUGGAGUGCGUGGUGGCACUGUUGGCGCACGAGGCGGACAUUGACGUGGUGGACAACAACGGGAACACGCCGCUGCACAUUGCAGUUGAGAAGAAGCUGGUUCCGAUCGUGCAGUGUUUGGUGGUGUUUGGCGCGGACAUUAACAAACCGAAUAAGGAGGGUAAAACGCCGCGGCACAUGGUCGGCAAGGACGAUUCGGGGUCGAAGGACGCGAUGAUUUUGUACAUUUUGCACUCGAUCGGAGCGAAACGAUGCCAGGAUAAUGGUACCAAGUGUCCGCCGGGUUGUUCGGCCAAGGGAACCUACAAUGGGAUUCCGCCGGCACAACCGGAAACCUCGGAACAGCGUGACCACAUAACUCAGGUGUUGGAGCGGACAAGUCGUGGAAAUCAACGGAACAGUAUCCCAAGCAUGAUAUCAAACACGAUCCGAACGGUCCGCGAAGAGAAUCAAGCUCGUGAAGCCAGGGAAGAGCAGAAGAUCGUCGAUACAAGCCAGGAACGGAAAGGAGCCAGCGUGAUGGACGCCCUGCUGGCAAUGUUCACCAACAGCAAGGUGGAAGCGGCCUCGAAGCCGACCUCAUCCGUAUCUUCCUCAAAAGCAGCCUCCCCAACCGGAAGCAGCAAGCGUGAAUUCAUCAACGACGACGAGGACGAUCCGAUGCUGGAAGAACCAACGGUCAAUCCGAUCCACACGGAAACGCCUACCUCAGAGAACUGGCACGGCCGGGGACGGUUGCUCUGCCUGGACGGCGGUGGAAUCCGAGGUCUCGUGCUCGCGCAGAUGCUGCUCGAAAUCGAGAACCUUGCACAAACCCCAAUCAUUCAUCUCUUCGACUGGAUCGCCGGAACCAGCACCGGUGGAAUCCUGGCCCUCGCCCUGGGCUGUGGCAAAACCAUGAAACAAUGCAUGUGUCUGUACCUGCGCAUGAAGGAUCAGGCAUUCGUCGGGUCACGACCAUACCCGAGCGACCUCCUCGAGUCGGUCCUCAAGGAACAGCUCGGCGAGUUCACCGUCAUGACCGACAUCAAGUACCCGAAGCUGAUGGUCACGGGUGUGAUGGCCGACCGCAAGCCCGUAGAUUUGCACAUAUUCCGCAACUACAAGUGCGCCAGUGACUUCCUGGGCAUCGCGACGCCCUCCAACAGCCGACGGCAACCUCCACCCCCGCCCGAGGAUCAACUGGUUUGGAGGGCGGCCCGCGCUACCGGCGCAGCUCCAUCGUACUUCCGCGCCUUCGGACGCUUCCUGGACGGGGGGCUGAUAGCGAACAACCCGACGCUGGACGCAAUCACCGAAAUCCACGAGCUGAACAUGGCGCUGCGAAGUAUUGGCCGCGACGCCGAAGCGGUGCCGAUUUCGGGUGUGGUCUCGCUCGGUACCGGUCUGAUCCCGGUGACGGAAUUGAAGGAAAUUGACGUGUUCCGACCGGACAGUAUAUGGGACACGGCGAAGCUGGCCUACGGAAUCUCCGCUAUCGGAAACCUCCUCGUCGACCAGGCCACCGCUUCGGACGGGCGCGUGGUGGACCGUGCCCGCGCCUGGUGCAGCAUGAUCGGAGUGCCGUACUACCGCUUCAACCCGCAGAUGUCGGUGGACAUUGCGAUGGACGAGAAGAUUGACGAACCGCUCGUCAACAUGAUGUGGGAGGUGAAGGCAUACAUGCACGCGAACCGGCGGAAGGUGAUCGAGAUGAUCAACCAAAUGAAGUGAAGGGAGGGAAGGAGGAUAGAUCGCCACUACAACUGACAAAACCAGAAACAACAACACACUGUUCUCAGAGAAGACAAUACUUGAUCAAAGAUUAAUAAAUCCGUAGGACUAUCAGCAGCAAACAGAUAACAAACAAACCGGAAGUAGUAUAUCGUGUUUUCGCUAUUAUACAGGUACUACAAAUAUAAAUCCACAUUUGAGAGUAAUCCUUUUCGAGAUUUUUCAAACACAAAAAAAAAACAGAUAUCAAAUAUAUUCCAAUAAAGUAAAAUAGUCAAGAAGUACAACGAUAGACUUACACAAAGCAGAGUGGAGAGCGAACGCGAAGAAGAAAAAAAAGGCUUCAUUUUUAACAUUUAUUGGUGUGUAUUGCCACGAAGAAACUUGUCAUCAGAAUAUUGUUCGAUUUUUGUUGUCUCGUUGAUGUGUGAAACUAAUUGUUAUUGGCUAACUUUACGCCACCAACUCGAAAUGAUAGUGGUGUGGCAAGAAGCUUCCCGUUUUUGUAACAGAAAUGCGUUCGUUGUUACUCAUUAUACAAAUAA